UAACAUCGGCCUUUUGGAAUUAAAACCCAGUCCUUUCGGGGUUCAACUUAAGCCCUUUACUUCCUCCAAAAAAAUUGAUGAAGCGAUAAAAGUAAGCGAUAAUUUGAUUUUACGAAUAGAUCAAACAAAAUCAACGCCCAUAUCAACAGCAAUCACCGAAACAAUUUUAACUUACUGCUCAAUUUACGCGAAUCUGUCGGUACCAAUUAUAACGACUUUAGGUAAUGGUAUACUCUCCACCGUCGAUAAUUCCCCUAAAAUCAUUAGCGCUUCCAAAAUCAAUCUGACCUCUCUCAAUAAUGUACCAACGGAUCUCCUAAAUUUCGAUAAAAUUUCGAGCGAUGUCGAAAAAGAUUUUAACAAAAAUCUAGAAUGCGGAAUAGCCUUUGGGCAAUGUCAUUCGAAUACUCAAACCUACAUGCUAUCUCGCAAAAAUAUGCCUUCCCUCCAUUCCAACACCUUAACGAAUACGCUAUCCAUCAUAAAUUUGCCGAAUAUCGAUAUCGUGGAACAUCGUAACGAGGAUGAUUUAGCCAGAAAAUAUUUGCCGCCCCAAGAAAAUCAAUCUAUUAAAAUGGUAUCUCCAAAUAGCUCAAGCCAAAAACACGCGAAUGACAAAUUCAAAGACCGUUGUGAAAACGAAAAAAUCUUUCCUAACUCAGCCUUAUCCAAUAAAGCGGCUUUUAAUUCAACCAACCCGUUUUUUACUGCGUCUCUAUAUCUAGUUGAUCAAAGUACGAACACAUUACCGCUAAUUCCUCCUCAGCCUCUACCCACGCUAAAGAUAGAUGUCGGAACCGGGGGAAGUCUUUCCAUCAACCAUCCAUUUUGCAUUAUGUGCAACGAAUUGCCGCCAAAAAAUACACCCGUACCCGACGAACCUUCCAUACCCAUCACUUGCGAUAAUUCGACGAAUACGGGGAAAAUGGAUAUCUUUUCUAAAGAAAAAAGGGAUAUGGCAAUCGAAUGCCUUUUGAUACCUGAAACUCUUGGAUCUCCGAAAAUGUCUAACACGGAUACAUCAUUCCUGGAGAAUAAUACCGACAGUAGCGCACAAAAACCUUUUGAUCACGUCGAUUCCCUUCCUUCCACACCCAAGGCCGCAUCUCUGGCCCCGCCAACCAGUCAACUCUUAAACUCUUUCGUGGAAACUUAUCGCUUAUAUUCUAAGGCUGGAAAUAUGUGUCUAUGCCCCCUUUGCGAUUCUAUGAUACGAGAUGCCGCUAAGACGCUGGCGGAACGUAAAGUUAACAUUACUUUACCCGCUUCCACUUUAAAGAGUUCCCUUCCUUUGAUAAGUGUUAAUAAAAAUAUCAAUGUUAAAACGUCUCCCCAGAACCCCACAUUACAUAUAGGCGACAAUAGCCAUACAAAUCAAAGUACUUUAAAACCCGAUGAGAAACAUUUAAUAUUAAACCGGACAGAUCCGAAUAAUUUAGCAUCAUCUCAACCUUCCCCGAAUAUUUCUACGGUAAGAUCGUGUAUACCCGAUAUUCAUAAUCUAACCCAUAAAUCACUACCGGAUCAUUCUUCGUGCCAAUCAUCGUCCCCGCUAAAAGUGGUAAUCGCGAACAAUAAUUAUCCCGAUUAUCACGAAGAUGCAACGAUCCCAUCGGCUAAUAGAAUAAUUCCCAGAACCUUAUUAUCGCCUUCGUCUUCUAUAAAAUCGGACGGAUUUUUGAUUAAGAAUCUGGCAAGACCUGAUGACCUGAUUUCUAUUCCGGACACCGUUAGCGAAAUGUGUGCGAAUAUUGAUCGGGAUAGGAUAGACACGAACGGAUAUGACGAUUGCCACUCCGCGCGAAUCGAAGCCUUCUUGUCAAAAGAGCGAAUCGAAGAGAUCAUAAACAAGUUGACCACUAAGCGAGCUUCCUUCAGGCUUAAAAGGAGCAGAACUGCCGCCGCUAUUAUUCCGUCGAAUAGAAUCAACGACAACGCCAAACAGCUGUCUUCGCAGGAUAAUAAUUCUGCUUUCAAUUCGUCUUGCGUUGAAAGCGAUGAAAUCAAGCAAAAUUAUACUGUACGUUCUCGCACAAAUCCUGAUAUCGCGUUAAAGGAUAGGAACUCAAAAAUUACUAGUCCACCUACGUCUUUAAUCUCACCGGAAAAACAAACCGAAAUAAUUUUGAUAAAAGAAGAAGCUGUCAAAUCUAUUCAAUCCAAUGUUAUCAUAUCAACUCAUAUAAGCUCCAAUCUGCCCAUAACAAGCAUGCCUGUGAUAAACAACGAUUUCAAACGGGAAUCAAACAACCCAACAAUUGAGAACAGGGACAUGUUCGGAAAAUUUCGUUAUUCCCUUCAAAAUUAUAGGAGAAAAAUGGCCAGGGACCUUAAAACAGCAUCCCCCUUGCCUCCUUCUGCUACAAACGUCAUUUUCCGCUCCAAAGACGAUCUAGAUUACAAAGACGGGGUUAGGAUAGAAUACAACCCACUCAAUAACUUCGACGAGUCACCUUACGACAUUAAAAAUUUUACGAAGGACAAUUGCGUGAGUCACAACUCAACUUCUAACGAAAUUCUAAAUGGCCAUAAGAUACGCCCCCAGCCAUCUAAGCAUUUAGAUGAUUCGGACGAAGAUGACGCUACAGCUACCGAAGAAGGUCAUUACGAUGUGGCUACUAAUAGGAUAAUUCUCACUGCAUCAAAUAAUAAAUCGCGAAGUCCCACGAACAACAAUAAUAAUCCUAGGUGGAUACCUUCUUUCACAUCUAAUAAAGGGGGUAAAACACAUGGCAGAUUUGAAAAUUCUUCCCUAAAUAAUGGCAACAAAUUAAAUGGGCCCGGGGUUUACGGAAUAUCUUCGGUUAAUAAUUUACUCUACUACGAACCUAUAAUGGAAGAUCCAGCUGAAAAAUACACAAUUGAUCCUGAUUUCGAUAAAGCUCUCAAAAUAGUCAACGAAUCAUUCCUAAAAAAGGAUGAAUCUAGGCACACCGAAAAUACUAUAAACAAGAUGAAGAAGAUUAUAGUUCGUCAAUGGUUCGACCUGAUUGGUAGCAAAUCUCACGAUGAAAUGGAGGAUGAUAAUUAUUUGGCCAUAUCAGCUGGUCACGUUGAAUUUCACCUGGACCAUUUUGAAUCCCUGUCUCGAAACCUGCUCACUUUCGUUGUCAACUGCGUUGAUGAUAUGGGUAAUACCGCUCUUCAUUAUUCCAUAUCUUACGGCAACUUCGAUAUAGUUAGUACACUGUUGGACUCAAAAGUUUGCGAUCUAAACGCCAUCAAUAAUGCUGGCUAUACACCUAUCAUGCUAACAGCUCUGGCUAAAUACGAAAAACCCUUUUAUCUUGAAGUAGCAAAACGACUUUAUCAAAUAGGGGACUUGAACAUUAAAGCCAAACAGAACGGCCAAACUGCUUUAAUGCUAGCGGCCAGUCACGAUCGUAAAGACGUGUGCCGGAAUUUUCUGGAAUGCGGGGCCGAUCCUAAUAUAAAAGACAGCGAUGGUAGCACUGCACUCAUGUGCGCGGCUGAGCAUGGUCACGCGGAAGUGGCCAAGAUUUUACUAUCUCAUCCCGAGAUUGAUACCGAUAUCGCAGAUAAUGACGGUAGCACAGCUCUCGCCAUAGCAGUUAAAGCCGGUCAUAAAGAUAUUGGAAUUCUCAUAUACGCUCACCAAAAUUUGGUCAAGGUAAGACACAUGGGAGGUUCGGACAACUCUAAACUCACGAAUACACAGUCAAGCAUCAUCAGGAAAUAUAGCAAUACUUAUGUUUAAAAAUCUCUUCAGCUAUUUGUAAACAGCAUAUAUUCGCUAAAACUAUUUUAUAUUAUUUAUUUAAAAAUAAGAUAAAACAUUCCUGCCUAAAUUAUAUAAGAAUAAAUUUGUUUUAAUCAGAUUAUUUUUUCUCCACACUAGAACCUUAUAAUGUAAAUAAAAAUUAUGGCACCAUUCAAAUGUAAUUU